AUGUCCUUACUGACACCAGGGGAUGAAGAUGAACCAGAGCGUUUUGAUGGUCUUUCUCUCUUAUACUGGACUAUUAUGGGCCCACAUGGAAUCAAUCGAGCUGUUCACCGCAUUUCUUUUUCUGAUUGUCAAAAUGGAUUAGGAGUUAAAAUUAUUGGAGGUUAUCGGGCACAAACAGCAGAAGAUUAUGGGAUUUUCAUAAAGAGAAUUCUGCCUGGAGGGGUUGCUGCUGUAGACAGCCGUUUGCUCACUGGUGACCUCAUUUUGGAUGUCAAUGGAGAAAACUUAAUUGGAGUAACCAAUGAAAAGGCUGUUGACAUCUUGAGAACAGCAUCAGCAUCUAAUCACAUGUCUCUGCUUGUUGCCAGAGAUGAAGAAGCAAAGAAAGAAUACGACCUGAUGGAUAAGUGCUCUCACAGUGGUACCAGCUCUGCAAGUUCUCCAACACAACUCCUGGAUGCAAAAUCUACAGACAGCAUCUCUGGCUCAUCCUCGAGGUCACAGAGUCCUCAGUUGCAUCCAAGGAUAUAUCAUGGGCCAUGAGCAGAAACAGUUUCUGUCCCAGCACCAUCUUCAAAGCUGGCAAAGGAUAGUGCGUUCAGAUCAUCCUCUGUCUGCAAAGGAACAACUGGUUUGAAUAUUGUAGGAGGAAUUAAUAGAAAUGAAGGGCCCUUGGUGUAUAUUCAAGAAAUUAUCCCUGGUGGUGAUGAUGGACGACUGAAGCCUGGAGAUCAACUUGUGUCCAUAAACAAGGAGUCAAUGAUUGGUGUUUCCUAUGAAGAGGCAAAAAGUAUAAUCAACAGAACAACAGUGAGGUUUGAAAGUUUUUGGGAGAUAGCUUUCAUUAGACAAAAAAAUAUUCCCAGUUAUUCAGAGAAUCUGCAACGUCCUUCCAGCCUCAUGAGGUCUUCUGUAGCAUAUGGACAGCAGCAGCCUGCACUUAGUCCUGUUACAUCUCCUAGUGGGAAACUUGGAUCCAUGGCCACUCCAAAUGCUAUGGAAACAGGAGUCAAGGUGGGAGAGCAAUCUCCAGACCGCAGUCUCACUGAUGCAUCUGCCACUGUUAUUGCCUCCAGCCAGAAUGAGUAUUAUGAGCUGCAAGGAAAGAACUCCACUGUUCGUCUGAAAACAGAAAAGCUGGAGAGGGCAUUGAAUUAUCUUGGGAUUCAGCUCACAGAUGAACAGCAGCAAGCCCUAAGGCAGCAACUUCAGAAAGAUUCUAAAGGAACAGUCUCUUUUGGAGAUUUCCUUGAGGUUUCAAAGCAUCUGUUUUCUGUCCAGUUGAAUGAAGCAGAUGAUGACCAAAAAUCUGUAACAUUUGGUGUCAAUGAAAUCACUGACUUACUGGAAUCACAGUUUGUAACCUGUGAUUCUCUGGAGGAUGACAUGGAAAAUCUUAAGAAAGAAAAAAAUGAAGCUUUAAAGGAAAUUAGCAAAUUAAAGGAAAAAUUGUCUGAAUCUGUGAGUUUACAGAAACAGUUAACAGAGGAGCUACAGAUAGUCAAGCAAGAAGCCAAGGCAGCUGUAGAAGAGACCAGAGCCCUGAGGAGCAGAAUUCAUCUUGCAGAAGCUGCCCAGAGACAGGCUCGUGGGAUGGAGAUGGACUAUGAAGAAGUAAUUCGCCUCUUGGAAGCUGAAAUUGUAGAGCUGAAGGCUCAGCUCACAGAUCAUUCUGGCCAAAAUAAAGAUAACAUCCAAGACUUGAGAAAGAGAGUUACAGUGCUCGACUGCCAGCUGAGGAAAUCAGAAUCCUCCAGGAAGACCUUUGAGGUGGCUACUGAAAAAUUGCUACAAUUUGUAGAGGUUGUGCAUGAAAUCCUUUCAGAUAACUCUGCUUCCUCAACAGUACUAAGUGACAGAAGACCAGCAUUGUCUACUAAAGCACUUCUUGCACGGUUGAGAAGGAUUGAACCUAAAGCCACCACAGCCCUUGCAGCAGAAGCCAGAGACCUUGCCAAGUCUGUCCGUGCCAUUUUGGAAGUGGAUUGUCUGCCUUAUGGAUGGGAAGAAGCUUAUACAGCAGAUGGGAUCAAAUACUUUAUCAACCACGUGACACAGACAACAUCAUGGAUCCACCCUGUAACAAGUGCACUCAGCUUGCUUUGCUCUGAGGAUGAAGAAGAUGGAAUCAGAGAUCUUCCUGGGUCCAAGAGCUGAGGAUAUUUGUUGGCAGAAAGUAUUUUGCCCAGUUUCUGUACAGUAGUGAGAAGAUGCACCCUUUUAAAUCUAUAGACUUUCUAGUCCAUGUCAUAGUACCUGAUGAUGUUUCUCCCCUUCAGGUCUGAGGAAGUUCUGCCAGUCUUAGGUAGGUUUAUAGAUGCUGCAAAAGAUGCAGGUGUUGCACAAGGCUCCCUUCAGUUCUUACUCUGUUUCAGUGCAGGGAUCAGACCUAUCCUGACUUCUCUACUGGCAUAACUUCACUGACCUGGAGUGAAUUUUUCACAGCUUUGACCACCAUGAGAGCUAAGAUUGGGCCAUUGUUUGUCAUUUCCCAUGGUAGAUUCCAGGUAGUUGUUGAUGGAAGAAUGCAAGGUGAGGCUUUUCCUUCUUUUAACCAGUGCUGGUGAGUAUAAUGUAGAUAUCUUUUCUUUAACAACUGAAAAUUUUUAUUUUUUGUGGAAGAAAUUUGCAAAUAAGUUUU